GCUCGCAUAGGGGUCAAAAAGAGAAAAGAACUAAUGAGAGCAAUACAAAGUAAACUUCUUCAAGAACUGCAAAUCCGCCCUAACUCCGCUAAUUGGCUGGUCUGUUUGACAACGAAUGUGCUUACUCUCCAUUAUUCCAUUGCAGAUUCGGACAACCUCGAGCAACUUUGAGCCAAAAUGGAAAUAUUACAACGACGAAAUAAGCAUCUUAGAAUACAUAAGAAUUAGUUUUGGGUG